AUGAACCAUGGUACGCUCGUCGCCCUCUGCUAUAAGAGAGCAGAGUUCUCACAAGGCUUUCCACUUCCAUUAACCCUGUCUAGCCCAGUCAGAGCUCCUACAGCCCAGCAAAGGCAGCAGUGUCUGCUAUACCCUACCUGCCCACGAUGCCACUCAUCCUGGCACCCACUUUGACACCCACGCACCGCCGCGAACCUGUCAGCAUCAAUAUCAAGAGGCUUAGUCUUGAUAUUGAAGAUAUAGAUGCUUGAACGAGCGUUUGAAUGACUUUCGUAUUUUAUAUAUAGAGAUACACUCGUGGAUUUUCCU